GCACCAGGCGCCUUUAAAUGCUAAUGAAGUCGAGGCCCAACUCCGGAGCCAAGUUUCCCCACCCUCUUCUCUCGCCAGCCCUUCCCUCCCUGGCCGGUGCGCCGCCUAGAAAAACUUGUACGGGGCCAUUUUGGGGGCAGUAAGAUCGAGCGAGGAGCCCAAGAGCGAGCGCACCCCCGACAGCUCCAGCCGCCUCCGCCGCGCGACCCCACCUCGGCCGCCGCCGCCACCGCCGCGCCGCGAGAUCCGCACCGGCCUCCCCGAGAGCGAGCCCGGCCGCCGCGACCACCAGCCGCGCUAACCGCCGACCAACCGCCACCGAGGUGCCCGAGUGAGAGCAGAGGAGGCGGCAUGAGCGAGGCGGGCGAGGCCACCACCACCACCAGCACCACCCUCCCGCAGGCUCCGGCGGAGGCGGCCGCCGCGGGCCCCCAGGACCCCGCGCCCAAGAGCCCGGUGGGCGGCGGCGCGCCCCAGGCCGCGGCCCCGGCGCCCGCCGUUCUGGCGGCAGGAAACCCGGGUGGGGACGCGGCCCCCGCAGCCACCGGCAGCACGGCCCCCGCCUCUUCAGCCCCCGCCGGCGGCGAAGACGCGGAGAAAAAAGUUCUCGCCACCAAAGUCCUUGGCACUGUCAAAUGGUUCAACGUCAGAAAUGGAUAUGGAUUUAUAAAUCGAAAUGACACCAAAGAAGAUGUAUUUGUACAUCAGACUGCCAUCAAGAAGAAUAACCCACGGAAGUAUCUGCGCAGCGUAGGAGAUGGAGAAACUGUAGAGUUUGAUGUGGUUGAAGGAGAGAAGGGUGCAGAAGCAGCCAAUGUGACUGGCCCAGACGGAGUUCCUGUGGAAGGGAGUCGUUAUGCUGCUGAUCGGCGUCGUUACCGACGUGGCUACUAUGGCAGACGCCGUGGACCUCCCCGGAAUUACGCUGGGGAGGAGGAGGAGGAAGGGAGCGGCAGCAGUGAAGGAUUUGAGCCCCCUGCCACUGACCGGCAGUUCUCUGGGGCCCGGCAGUUCUCUGGGGUCCGGAAUCAGCUGCGCCGCCCUCAGUACCGGCCUCAGUACCGGCAGCGGCGGUUCCCGCCUUACCACGUGGGACAGACCUUUGACCGUCGCUCACGGGUCUUUCCCCAUCCCAACAGAAUGCAGGCUGGUGAGAUUAGAGAGAUGAAGGACGGGGUCCCAGAGGGAGCACAGCUUCAGGGACCAGUUCAUCGAAAUCCAACCUAUCGCCCAAGGUACCGUAGGGGACCUCCUCGCCCACGACCUGCCCCAGCUGCAGGAGAGGCUGAAGAUAAAGAGAAUCAGCAAGCAGCCAGUGGUCCAAACCAGCCAUCUGCUCACCGUGGGUACCGGCGUCCCUACAACUAUCGGCGUCGCCCCCGUCCUCCUAACGCUCCUUCACAAGAUGGCAAAGAGACCAAGGCAGGUGAUGUCCCAACUGAGAACCCUGCUCCCGCCACCGAGCAGAGCAGUGCUGAGUAACACCAGGCUCCCGGGCACCUUCACCAUCUACAGGGUGACCUAAAGAAUUAAUGACCAUUCAAAAGUAAAAUAAAGCAAAAAGAGACUACAACCUUAUCAACACCAAAGAAACAUCCAAGCAAUAAGUGGAAGACUAACCAAGAUUUGGACAUUAGAAUGUUUAUUAUUAUUCUUUAAGAAACUAACAACUGCAAAAGGAAAAUGUCAGCAGAUUUUUCCAGCAAGCUGAGAUCCUGGGAAUGCCUGCACGAAAGACUAGAGAGCAACCUCCCCAGUUUCAGCAACCACUAGGUUUAUAUUUUUUUCCUGGUUUUUACUGUUUUGGUAAUAUGAAUUGAAAGAAAAGAAAUAUUAAUAUCACAUGGGGGGAACCCCAACCAAAGAAAUCUAAAAUAUAUAGUAAAUGCUUUUUUUCUUUUUUGGUUCAUUUUGGAUGCUGGUGCUAAACUUCGAAGUGUCGUGAUUUAAAAAGAAAUUUUAUGCCCUUCUUAUUUAUUUCUAGGAUGAGGGGAGGAUAACAUUUUUGCUUUCUUAUGUGACUCUCUUUGACAAUGUGCAGUAAGAAGUUCCUCAAAAAUAAAAUUUUUAUCCUUCAAAGGAAAAA